UUCAAUCGGACGGUUGCUACCUCUUCUCUUUCCCACUAAAAAGCCCUCUUUCUCUCUCCUCUCACUUCCACCCCCAAAUCUCCCGUCUCUUCUCGAUCAAGAAAACUGUUUACACGAAUGGCUGAUUCAAAGACUGGUCUGAGGAAACCUGUUUUUACCAAGGUUGAUCAACUUCGACCUGGUACCUCUGGUCACACAUUAACGGUGAAGGUGGUGAGUUCAAAGAUGGUGUUGCAGAAGGGACGCCCUGAUGGAUCUCAAGUUCGUCAAACGCGUAUUGCUGAAUGCCUGGUUGGGGAUGAGACCGGAAUGAUUGUAUUUACAGCCAGGAAUGAGCAAGUGGAUCUCAUGAAGGAAGGGGCAACAGUAACCCUUCGAAAUGCAAAGAUUGACAUGUUCAAGGGAUCAAUGAGGCUUGCGGUAGACAAAUGGGGACGUGUUGAACCAACAGAUGCUGCCAAUUUUACCGUUAAAGAAGACAAUAACCUAUCUCUGGUGGAGUAUGAGCUGGUGAACAUUGUUGAAGAGUGAUAACUAGUCAACCAAGUCAUGGUAGCUGAUAAUAUUUGUUGAUGGAAUCAAAUUGCAAUGUGAAGAUAUUUAAUAUGUUCUUGGUGAAUGAAACUGCAAGGAAAAAAGCUCUUUUUUAGGAUCAAAUCAACGGUGGAUAGAUGCUAUCAGAUGACCCAGUGAGAUCUUGCAACAUGCAAUAAUCCAGUUCUGGGAUGCCUCUAGCCAGCUGAAAGCUAGUGAUUGCAUUCAUGAGCAUACUUUCUAUUUAUAUGAACUUAUUUUGUUGUCCUUAAUUGUUAUCGUAUAUGGGAUUUGCUCUAGGGUGUCGGUGAGACAGUUAUUUCAACAUGUAUUUUGCAUUCUGAGAUCAAAAUGUUGCCAUUUAUUGUUUUAGUGAUUUCGAAGGUGCAUCUAAUUAAAAAUGGUUGAGUUGCUUGUGUGAA